UCUCCAGUUUAGGAUGAUGAGUUUAUGAUCGCUUCAUGAGGUCAACCGGUGUGUGUUUCUGUGACAGUCUCGACUCUCACGCAUAAACAGAAAGAGACACAUCCGCGUGCGUUAUCUUUCUCUCAUCGCGAUUCACAUCUGACUUCAAAACUUGCAGUGACAACUUUAAGACCUGGACAUCCGGAUAUUAUUAACUAACGUGACUGCGUGUGAACCUACAGCCAUGUCCACAGCUGUAGUGAUGGACCAUUCAGGAGCUGAUGCCAGCCUCCUCCAGUCCUGUGGAACAGCAGACAGUCUCGCCUCCCUGGAAGAUGCCACCGCCGAGUCUACAGCAAAUGAGUCAUCGGAGGAGGAAUCAGCAUGUGCCAGAGAAGAGCAAUCAAAUACCAAAGCCCAACAGAGCACACACACAGAAUCAGGUGCCGCCCCUCGUCCCAACUCGCUCUCCCUGCCCGCUAAGGGCAUAGAGCUCUGGACGACACACAGGGAUGGAGAGGUGAAGCUCAGGAUUGGUGAGUCCGGCCCUGAGGCUGAACCCCCGUUGACUGUGAACCAGAUGUUCACUUCUACAGUCCAACGCUUUGGCAACUACAACGCGCUGGGCUGGAAAGAUGGAGAGCAGUGGAAAACCAUGACAUACAACGAGUACUACAAGUCUUGCCGCACUGCUGCCAAGAGCUUCCUCAAGCUUGGUCUGGAGCGGUACCACGGCGUCGGUAUCCUCGGGUUUAACGCUGUCGAGUGGUUUAUUGCUGACAUCGGGGCUAUUUUAGCUGGGGGGUUUGCUGUGGGGAUCUACACCACCAACUCACCCGAGGCGUGCCAGUAUGUGGCGGAGAACUGCCAGGCCAACAUCCUUGUGGUGGAAAACCACAAACAGCUUCAGAAGGUCUUGCAGGUCCAGGACAAAUUACCGCACCUAAAAGCCAUUAUCCAAUACAAAGAUGAGCUGAAAGAGAAGAAGCCCAAUCUCUACACGUGGGCAGAGUUUAUGGACCUGGGCCGCGAAGAGCCUGAUACUCAGCUGGAUGAUAUCAUCAGCUCCCAGAAACCCAAUCAGUGCUGCACACUGAUCUACACAUCCGGAACCACGGGCCAGCCAAAGGGAGUCAUGCUUAGUCACGACAAUCUCACAUGGACAGCAUUUGCAACGGGCCGAGAUGUGACCCUGACAGAUGCAGAUAAGCUACAGGAAGUGGUCGUGAGUUACCUGCCACUCAGCCACAUUGCUGCACAGAUGAUUGACAUCUGGCUUCCCAUGAAAGCAGGAGGAGUCACAUACUUUGCACAGCCUGAUGCACUAAAGGGUUCUUUGGCUAACACUCUACGAGAAAUACGUCCUACCGCGUUCAUGGGUGUGCCGCGGGUGUGGGAGAAGAUGCAGGAAAAGAUGAAGUCGAUUGGAGCCAAAUCGUCCACCGUGCGCCGAAAGGUGGCGUCCUGGGCCAAAGACGUGGGCCUGCAGACCAACCUCAACAAAAUGGAGCUUAAUGGCAGCCUGUCCAGAAAGCCAUUAAACUAUCGACUGGCGAAGCGUCUGGUGUUCCGGAAGGUUCGGAAGGCGCUGGGACUGGAUCGCUGUACGAGGUGCUACACGGGAGCAGCUCCCAUAACCAAAGACACACUGGAGUUUUUCCUCAGUCUGGACAUUCCUCUGUUUGAGCUCUAUGGCAUGAGCGAGAGCUCUGGACCGCACACCAUCUCCGUGUCCGAUGCCUUCAGACUCACCAGCUGUGGAAAGGUGAUUCCAGGCUGCAAGACAAAGAUCUUCAAUCCUGAUGCCGAUGGCAAUGGAGAGAUUUGUUUCUGGGGCCGUCAUGUGUUCAUGGGCUACUUGAAUAUGCUUGAUAAAACCGAAGAGGCUCUGGAUGCAGAUGGCUGGCUGCACUCGGGUGACCUCGGAAAACACGACCAGGAUGACUUCCUGUUUAUCACCGGACGCAUUAAAGAAUUGAUCAUCACAGCCGGAGGUGAAAAUAUUCCCCCAGUGCCCAUUGAGGAUGCUGUUAAAGAGGCCGUUCCGCUCAUCAGCAAUUCCAUGCUUAUCGGAGACAAGAGAAAGUUCCUCUCCAUGCUGCUCACCAUUAAGUGUCAGGUAAACAACGAAACGGGCUCUCCCGAAGACGAACUGACUCCUGAGGCGGUGGAGUUGUGUCGUAAACUCGGCAGCAACUCCACGCGAGUCAGCGAGAUCGCCGGUGGCCGUGACCGAGUCGUACACGCGGCUAUUCAAGAAGGCAUCAACCGCGUCAACGAGAAAGCCACCUCUAACGCCCAGCGCAUCCAGAAAUGGACCGUUUUGGAGAAGGAUUUCUCAAUCCCUGGCGGAGAGCUGGGGCCCACGAUGAAGCUCAAGAGGCCAGUGGUCACGAAGAUGUACAAAGACCAGAUUGAGAACUUUUACAAAGAAGUCUUGACCCCAGCCACCCCAGACAACCCUUUGCCUCCUAAAUAGGUCUCCAACAAAAAGUCGGAGACAGGAGACAAGGGGACAGACAUGGUCUAAAAAAACACACUUACACUCAGACCUUGUGUUUUGUUUGUCCAUUUUUUAGUUAAUAUUUGUUCACGGUUUUUUAAUUGUUGUUUAUUUCAUAUGGUUUACAUUUUUCUGUAUUAUAGUAAGAAAGAAAACAUGUUUAAAAAACAAAAAGCCAUUUGUGAAUUUGACUUUUUUUUAUUUUUGUGGUGAUGUGCUAUUUAUUUUCUUGCCUAAUUAUAAUGAAGUGUCUUUUGAGCCAUGUUCUUGAUUUAUAUGUAAGUGCAGGUGACUUGAAUGUCCGUGUUCAAAGAUGCCAGUUAAUUUAUGGUUUAAUUUAACAACAAAGUUUUAGAAAUCUUAAUACCUAACAAGCGAACUUACACAUCAGACAUGACUGAAUACUUUGAGAAAAGCAUUUUGUGGUUGUGCUCUUUCAUCAAUGGCACUGCUGCCACCAAAAAGACUGACUGCUUAAAGAAAACUAGUAACAACCUCAAGACGUUCUGUGAAGAUCAUUUAGCAAGAAUCCCAUUCCAUAUAAGCCAUAAAUGUUCUGUUAGUUUUUUGUUACCAAAUGUGUCAUUUGAAUGUUUGUUUCGCUUAUGCAGUUGGAUAAUUUUGUCAUUCGAAUUCUUUGUAAAAAUGAAUCUGUUAUAUAAUGUAAAUACAUAAUGCAUACAUUUGUUUUGAUGCCUUUGCUGUGUCAAUCCUUAAAGUAGCAAGAGGUUGGAUGUCAUGCAGUCUUUAUGAAAAACCAUAUAAUCAGAAUUGAAAGAACAGGUUAAUAUUUAACUUAUGAAAACGGGGAUGUGAAGGAGCUGGUGUGAGGAGAUCAGAAUUUGAGUCACCAAGCUAUGUUGCAUUAUU